AUGGUGAACGUGAAAAAAGGCGUGUUGAUCCGAUGCGAUCCAGCAAUGCGCCAACUUUUGGCGCAUUUGGACGAAUCGCGAGCGCUCGAUUCCAAGUUCAUUGUGAAGGAGCUCGAUGAGACGCAUAUUUUUGUGGACAAAGAAAUCAUACCGGUGCUCGAGCAGAAGUUGGACCAAUUUAUGGAAGCAAUGGCACCGGACCUGAUCGAAAAAUAA